GGGAGCAAUAAUAAUAUGCGAAUUAUUUUUCUGUUCAUGGUAUUGCUCAGUUUUGCUCUGGGUGAAUAUCAGGUUAAAAACGGCAAGCAAUGUUAUGAGUGCUCAGGUGGAAACAACAAGGUUUGCAGAGACCCAUUGGAUCCAAACAUUAAGCACUGUUGUGGAGAGUUUGAGUACUCCCUGAAUUGUGGAAAUUGGAAUAAUACCCAAUGUUCUGACCAGAUUGCUGAGGGAAUAUUUAUUGCCAACAGCUUGCUCUUAUGCGACACCUUCAAUGCUUGUGAGCUUGAUAAACUCUGGCCAUUAAAAGGCUACUCUAAACAUUAUGCAGGCGAAAAUUUCACUCUUUCAGAGCCCUGCAUUAUCACCCUCCAUAAUUCUGCUGAUAAAGAUGCCCAGAUUAACUUUGAGGACCUGAGAAGCAAGGGGAUUUAUGGAUAUCUUUUCUCUCAAGAAAAUUCAAAGCCAACAGAGUUCUAUAUAAGACAUUUCAUUGGAUUCAGAGAAGAUCAGGAUUCUAAUAUCACUGUUAGAGGGGAUCGUGCAUUGUAUCUUGUAAUAGAACCCUCCUCAAAAGAAAACUAUCUCAGCUUCCAAUAUACACUGAUAGAAUCUGGAGGACCAUCUAAAGUUCUUAUAAUCUGCUUGAGUCUCGGAGCUGCAUUACUUUGUGCUGGAUUUAUUGCUUUGGCUAUGUGUUUCAUUAAGAGAAGGAAGCAAAAGAAUAGACACAGAAAACUUGAUGAUGAGCAACUCCAGCAUCCAAUAGAUACAAGCGCUGAAGAGACAUAUCAUUCCAACUAUACUCCUGCUUCUCAAUACACUGGAGCUCAAUCUGAAAGAAAAUUAGAUAGUCAUGAGACAAGUUAUAGCCAAACCACUAUUCAAAAUUUGGAUGGGAAUCAGCCUCUAUUACAUGGUUCCUAUGCUGCAUACCCUUCAAAAGCUGCUCCUGUUCCUUCAGGUAGCCAUCUUUGUGAAGGUUCAGCUGGCAGAGCCUAAUCGAUUCCAAAUAGAUACUUCAACAAGAUAGCCUUAAAAGUUCUUUCUUGACAAGCUUCCAAUAAUUUCUCAUUUUUCC